AGCCGGCCGCGGCGGCCCCGCAGAGCGCCCCCGCGCCUGCGCGGGGUGGCGCCCGCCCGCGGCCGAGCCCGCGCGCGACGGCGGGGGCGCCCCUCCGGAGGACGACCCCCCCCUCGGAGGGUGCCGAUUCGGAGGCUGGCGGCGCUGCCCCUGCGCGCGGCGUCCCCCCGCCGCGCCCUCCAUGUCGGCGCAGCCGCCCACGGACCGGGGCCCCGAGGAGUGGCUGGUGCAGUACGUGGCCGAGCUCGGGCACGGGCCUAGGAGCGCCGAACACCUGCGCGCCUUCGCCGCGAAUCGCGGUGGGAGUCUCUCGUACGCGGUGGCGCGGCAGGCCCUUGCCGAGGCGCACGGGGCCGGCGCUCGCCGGGACCAUCGCCGUUCGCAGGAGGCUCCGCCGCC